GUCAGGUAACCAGCGGGCCCCAGCACAGUACACGGACAGCUCGCCUAUCAUCUCCCCAGUAUGCCUCUCUUCGGCUCCAAUCCCUUCGAUCAGGAUGUGGAAAAGGCCACAAAUGAAUACAACACCAGUGAAGACUGGCGACUUAUUAUGGACAUCUGUGACAAAAUCGUUAAUACUCCAAAUGGUGCAAAAGAUGGCCUCAGAUCCAUUAUGAAGAGAGUCAAUCACAAAGUUCCACAUGUGGCUUUGCAGGCUCUGACUCUGCUGGGUGCCUGUGUGUCAAACUGUGGGAAGGCUUUUCACUUAGAGAUCUGCUCCAGAGAGUUUGCUAGUGAAGUGCGUUCUGUUAUUACUAAGGCGCACCCCAAGGUAUGUGACAAACUGAAGGCUUUAAUGGUUGAAUGGGAACAAGAGUUACAGAAGGAUCCGCAGUUUAGUCUUAUAUCUGCCACCAUCAAAUCCCUGAAAGAGGAAGGAAUAUCAUUCCCAUCAUCAGCACCACAGAUCGAGCUUUCAUUGCAAGAGCAGAAACAGCAGUCAUACGAAACCAAAACCAUUUAUCCAUCUGUGGAUGCCCUGCAUGACAGUCAGAAGACUGCAAGAAAGGUUCGGGCACUGUACGACUUUGAAGCGGUGGAGGAUAAUGAACUCACAUUUAAAAGCGGAGAAAUUAUUAUUGUUCUGGACGACAGCGAUGCCAAUUGGUGGAAGGGAGAAAAUCACAGGGGUGUUGGACUUUUCCCAUCUAAUUUUGUCUCUUCGUCUUUAAACGCUGAACCAGAGGAAGUGGUAGAAAAGAAUCUGGUCCUUGAAGAAAUUUCAGAGAGUGCUCCAAAAUCCGAACCUGAGCCUGUAUUUAUUGAUGAGAGCAAAAUGGAUCAAGCCUUACAGCUGCUUCAGAGUAUUGAUCCGACAGAUCCCAAGCCUGACUCUUCUGCUCUUCUGGACUUAGAAGAUGUCUGCCAGCAGAUGGGCCCUAUGAUCGAUGAGAGAUUAGAAGAGAUUGACAGGAAACAUUCCGAGCUUUCAGAACUGAAUGUGAAAGUAAUGGAGGCCUUACAGUUAUACAAUAAAUUAAUGAACGAAGCACCUAUGUAUUCUGUGUAUAGCAAGCCCCCAGCACAGGCCCAUUACACUGCUGGUGUAUCCAUGCAGAGUUAUCACAGCCAGCCACAGGGUGGCAGCUUCAUGGUGCAGAAUAUGCCCCAAGUACAGCCAGCGACACUCUCUCAAGGAUACAGUAUGACCCCGGAUCAGAUCGGGUCCUUGAGGUCUUUGCCUCCAGCUAUGAACUCUACAGUAACAACACAGGCUGCCCAGCCACCCUAUGCCAGCUCUGGUCAAGAAGCAGUUUCAGCUUCCCCAUAUAUAAACCAGAGUACUGGCCUCCAGACAGCCACAGGGGUUCCCGCUUACGGCCAGCCAAUGGCAAUGUCAUCUGAUGCAUCAGCCUAUCAGAACACUACUUCUGCCUUGCCACCAGGCUCUGGCUACUCCGUGCCAGCCUCUCUGCAUUCAUUCCCCCCGCAACCCCAGAACUACUACCAGCAGCCUCUGCUCUGAAACUGAAUCCCAGCGAGUGAAUCCAAGUUGGAUGUGUGUUAAUUACCAGUCUUGUAACUCAUAUCACCAGGUUUCAUGGUAAAUACAGACACAUAGGAAAUAUACAUUGUUAGUCCAGCUGACCAGGAACCAGCCUGAGAUUCCAACAAUACAAUGGUGCUCGAUUCCAUAUGGAAUAAAUGCGCUGCUCUCUCUCUUUCCCUAGAUUCUAAGCUGCCUGCGUACAAUUGGGCUGAUAAUACACUGCCGUGUUACUAACAAGCUGCAGGUGCAUAGGGGUAUAUGCUAAUUAACAGCGCAGCCUUUCUUUCAUGUCAUGUGAAGGUUUAUAAAUAGAAAAAAAAACCUUUUCUGCAGGUAAAACUGCACAGUAAGGUAAUUUUCUAUAGCAGACACCAGUGGUAAGAAGUACACUAUUUUAUUGUAUUUGAUAUUCUGUUUCUGUUGAAAAUGCAAAAAAAAAAAAAAAA